AUGGCCGGCAGUAGCAGCACCGCUAGCGGUAAUGGCAAUGGUAACGGCGGCAGUACAGAGGAGCGCCUGCCAAUGCCCUCGAAAAACCCCCUGCCGCUGUCGGCGUCGCAGGAGGCACAAGUCCGCGACAUCUUUUACGCCCGGGUGCGAAGCAAAUGCGCCGAUGAGAUCAAGGCGUUUGCGGACUGCGCACUGGGGCGGACGUUCUCGGCGCCGUUCCUGUGCCGGCCGCCGCUGCACGUCAUGAACAGCUGCAUGAAGUCGCACGCGACGCCGGCGGAGCAGGACGCGGCGCGCGAGGACUGGUUCGCGCAGCGGACGCAGCGGGCGCGCGAGCGCGAGCGCAAGGGCCGCCGCAAGGCCGAGCAGGAGGCCUUCCUGCGCGAGUGGUGGGGCCUGCCCGAGAAGGACCGCGACGAGGCCCGCCGCGAGAUGGAGAAGCUCAAGCGCGGCGAGCGCAUGGGCGGCUUCCUAGGCCCCAACCGGAGGAGGAUAAUAGAGCGCGGUGUAGCCGUGCUAGACGACGAGGGGGAGCGGAUGAUAGGGAAGAAGAACGAUGGCGAGGGCGGUGGUGGGGCGGCGAGGAGGUGA